AGGCAGCCACGCCACGCCAACAAAAUCGCAGAGCAGCCAAUCAGAGUGAGAGCUGAGAUCUUGGGGUUGCAAUUUGUUCUCUCAUGCUUUUCGCUUUCACUUCUGUCACAUAAAUGAAAAGAAAAUUAGUUUCCUUCCUGGCCGCUUCUCGAAUAAACCAAUGACUAAGCUGUGAAUUGCAACACUAAAGUAGAGUUAUGGAAACAGCGCUCACUUGCUUCUUCUGUGGUAGACUCCCUCCUGCAACUGCAAGUAGUCAGCACUUCCGUUGUAGUAAUGCUUCCGCCUCCGGACUCGUGCGUUUCUCUUUGCCUCCUUCAUUUAGGCUGAUUCGAAACGCCACUAACACCAGUGAAACUAAUGUCAAAAGUAGAAGAAGGAGAAGAAGAACUUGUCCACCUCUGGAGGUGGAGGAGGGUAUUCUUCAUCAGAACGGAGACCCUUUCGGGAAGAAGGAUCUCGGGAAGAGUGUGAUGAGUUGGAUUCGUGAUAGCAUGAGGGCCAUGGCGUCUGAUUUAGCUGCUGCGGAAUUAGAGGGAGGAGAGGGAGAGUUUGAGUUGUGGGAGCGCAUGGGUCCGGGUCUCACUUUUAUUAUGCUGGCACAGCCAUAUCUCAAUGCUGUUCCUAUGCCCAUUGGCCUCGAGGGUCUCUGCUUGAAGGUCUGCACUCACUAUCCCACUCUUUUCGACCAUUUUCAGAGGGAGCUUCGCCAAGUUCUCCGAGACUCCUUCAUUCAGGACUGGCGGGACACCAAGUCUUGGAAACUGCUUAAGGACCUCGCUAAUUCGGCUCAGCAUAGGGCGGUUGUAAGAAAGAUAACACAACCCAAGAGUGUCCAAGGCGUUUUAGGAAUGGACUUUGAAAAGGUCAAAACAAUACAGCACAGGAUUGAUGAAUUCACCUCCCACAUGUCAGAACUACUCCGUAUUGAAAGGGAUGCUGAAUUGGAGUUUACUCAGGAGGAAUUGGAUGCUGUUCCUAAACCAGAUGAUACUUCUGAUUCUUCAAAACCGAUUGAUUUCUUGGUUAGCCAUAGCCAGCCUCAACAAGAACUCUGCGACACCAUUUGUAAUUUAAACGCCAUCAGUACCUCUAGAGGGCUUGGGGGAAUGCAUUUGGUGUUAUUCAAGGUUGAAGGGAACCACCGGUUACCACCUACCGCUCUUUCACCUGGAGACAUGGUUUGUGUGAGAACAUAUGACAGCACAGGUGCAAUUACAACUUCUUGCAUACAAGGAUUUGUGAACAGUUUUGGCGAUGAUGGCUAUAGUAUUACAGUUGCUUUAGAGUCACGCCAUGGUGAUCCUACAUUCUCUAAACUAUUUGGGAAGAGUGUGCGCAUUGACCGUAUUCAAGGACUGGCUGAUACACUUACCUAUGAGCGCAACUGUGAAGCUUUAAUGCUGCUCCAGAAGAAUGGUUUAAGAAAGAAGAAUCCUUCUAUUUCUGUUGUUGCUACACUGUUUGGAGAUGGGGAAGAUGUUGCAUGGCUUGAGAAAAAUCAAUUGGUUGACUGGGCAGAAGAAAAUUUGGAUGCAAGAUUAGGAAAUGAAACCUUUGAUGAUUCUCAGCAGAGAGCAAUUGCAAUGGGUUUGAAUAAAAAGAGACCUGUAUUGGUUAUCCAAGGCCCUCCUGGUACAGGCAAGACUGGUUUGCUCAAGCAACUUAUAGUAUGUGCUGUUCAGCAAGGUGAAAGGGUUCUUGUUACAGCACCUACUAAUGCAGCUGUUGAUAACAUGGUUGAAAAGCUUUCAAAUGUUGGAUUAAAUAUUGUGCGGGUUGGAAAUCCAGCUCGUAUAUCAAAAACAGUGGGAUCAAAGUCUUUGGAAGAAAUUGUAAAUGCUAAGCUUGCAAGUUUUCGAGAAGAGUAUGAGAGGAAGAAGUCAGAUCUAAGAAAAGAUCUAAGACAUUGCUUAAAGGAUGAUUCACUAGCUUCAGGCAUACGCCAACUUCUGAAGCAGCUGGGAAGGUCACUGAAGAAAAAGGAAAAGCAGACCGUAGUUGAAGUUCUAUCUAGUGCUCAGGUUGUGCUUGCCACUAAUACUGGAGCAGCUGACCCUUUGAUUCGAAGGCUAGAUACUUUUGACUUGGUUGUCAUAGAUGAAGCUGGACAGGCAAUUGAACCCUCUUGCUGGAUUCCUAUAUUGCAGGGAAAGCGCUGUAUUCUUGCUGGUGAUCAAUGCCAACUUGCUCCUGUCAUAUUAUCUAGAAAGGCCUUAGAAGGUGGUCUAGGAAUAUCUCUACUGGAGAGAGCUGCAACUUUGCAUGAAGGGAUUCUCACCACUAGGUUAACAACACAAUACCGUAUGAAUGAUGCAAUUGCUAGUUGGGCUUCAAAGGAGAUGUACGGAGGAUUAUUGAAGUCCUCUGAGACUGUCUUUUCUCAUCUUCUAGUGAACUCUCCUUUUGUUAAGCCUACUUGGAUAACACAAUGCCCACUGCUAUUGCUAGAUACUAGAAUGCCAUAUGGAAGUCUGUCAGUUGGUUGCGAAGAGCAUCUAGACCCGGCUGGAACAGGCUCACUUUAUAACGAAGGAGAAGCUGAGAUAGUUUUGCAGCAUGUAUUUUCCUUAAUCUAUGCUGGUGUUAGCCCAACUGCUAUUGCAGUGCAAUCCCCUUAUGUUGCUCAAGUACAACUUUUGAGGGACAAGCUUGAUGAAUUUCCAGAAGCAGCAGGUACUGAGGUUGCGACCAUUGACAGUUUUCAAGGUCGGGAAGCUGAUGCAGUAAUUUUAUCCAUGGUACGAUCAAACACAUUGGGAGCUGUUGGAUUCCUCGGGGAUAGCAGAAGAAUCAAUGUUGCCAUCACAAGAGCACGCAAACAUUUAGCUUUGGUCUGUGACAGCUCGACUAUAUGCCACAAUACCUUCUUAGCAAGGCUUCUGCGUCAUAUUAGACACUUUGGUAGGGUGAAGCAUGCAGAACCAGGUAGUUUUGGAGGAUAUGGACUUGGGAUGAAUCCAAUAUUACCUUCCAUUAAUUAGUGUGCAACAGUAGCAUGAAACAAAUUUAAAAUAAUUGUCUACGGGGAUUUUUUUGGGGGGAAAAGGGGGGGGAGGGGUUGGGUAGGUUUUUUCUUUCAUGUGGUCAAAACUUGUAUAGUUGUAUAGCAAUUCAUAAAUUCAAAAUUGUGUAGCGUAUCGAGUACAGAAAAAUUCAUAGAAACCCCAAAAUUGGUAUAUGACGUGAUACGUUUAUAGCAUGUUUGAUUUCAUAUCUCGAAUAUGAGGUUUCAUAUGUCAGUGUGAUUUUAAGAAGUUUAUAGUUAUAGUUUUCAUAGGUAUGUUUGGAUUGGUGGGAAGAGAGGGAUGGAGGGAUUAAGGUCCAUUGUUUGUAUUGAAAAAUAAACAAUGGAAGAGAAUGGGAAGUGAUGGAACCUAUUCCAUACAAUCCCAUCAUAUUUAGGUACUUCCUUUCCCACCAAAUUGGGGUGUAUGCAAUGAAACGAUAUUUUCCCACCCAUGACAGUUAUAAUGGUUUUGCUCCACGUUGUCUCAUUCA